AUGGAUCGAAGCCUCGGAUAUACCCAUCACGAAAGCGAUGGGAGAGACACAAUUCCUCCUGGGAGGGCAGGGCUAGAUGACUUGGACCCGGCUUCUCUGAUGAAGCCGGGAAAUGUAUGCCUGUGCCUGUCGGAGUGUCGCAGUGACUUCAAGGACCAACAGUCGGAUCUCCUUCCCGAACAGUUGACGGACGUCCAAGUGAAGCCGCAACUUGUCCAAGACGUGGCGCGCAUCCUUCGGAGCUUGAUGAGCUCGGGGCUUCCUUCGCACGAGAUUGUCGAUAUUUCCGAAGAGGGUCUGCAUGAACAGAUGCCUGAGCGAGAGCUAUGGCACGGUCAGGCUCGAUUGACACCGUUACUCCUUUCGAGUUUUCUGUCGGACCAAGGUCAAGAGCAUGUAGAGCACUGGCUUGCCCACCCAGACUCAUUUCAUCUAUUCACCCUCGACGGUGACAGCGCCACGUGGAAAUGGAGAGGUGAGUCAGAGGACAAGUUGGCAGCUGUUGACAUGGAGAAUGCAACCUCGGCAGACAUUGCGGCCGUGGAGAAAUUUUGGAGCGAUGACAACAGAUCGCAGCAGACCGGCAUCACUUCAGCCGUGCCGCUGUAG